UUUUUAUUAUGCCAUUUUAGUACAUAAACAUUUCAAACUUUACAUAUUGGUUCAAUAUUUAGAUGUCACUUAAAUCUAUGAUAUAAUCCACCCAUUCAUUUUAUACCAUCUAUGAUUUGUGGGAGCAAAACUCAUCUCUCCUCCUGGUGUGUGGUGAGGAAAGUUUGCAUUUGCAAGUCAUGCAUUCUAUUGCUAGUUUGAAAUCGAAAACAUAACCUUGUGGUUAUUUACGUCUGUAAAUCAAUUCCACCAACAACUUCAGGUGUGGAUUAAUCUACCAAGGGAUCGGGUUCAUCAGAUAGCUCGUCCCCCUGCCCAUAUUUUAACACCAGGGGGAGCUGACAUGAAAAUCUAUAUGUGGGAUGGGGCUGUGCGAAUUGGGUCGCAUGCGGUAGGGGAUGGUUAUCCUCAAUUUUGAUAGAGCGGUCAUCCUAGCAAAGGGGAUUCAAUUUCUGAGCCUUGUGGAUCCAAUGAUGGUUGAAGCCCUGGUCCUCCGGGAGGCGAUCGUUUGGUGCUUGGCAAAUGGAUUCACGGGUAUGAGGUUUGAAGAUGAUGCCCAGGUGAUAAUUGAGAAGAUCCACCGGAAGGAUGUUCGGGAUAAUCGAGUAGAGGCAAUCUUGGAGGAGAUAGUCAACUCUUUAGCUUCAAACAUGGGUUUUACUGUACGAUUUGUAGGUCGACGAAACAAUAUGGUAGCUCAUUUGGUAGCUAGGCAAGCCCUGUCUUUGUUCUCUUCUCCAUGUCGAUCUUUUGAUUUUCAGAUCUAGUUGAAUUCCAGGAUGUAAUGAUCUGUUUGGUUCAAUCUAUAUAUGAUUAUCUUUUGUAAAAAAAAAAAUCAAUGCUUUGCCUAAUUUGCCGACAGCCUUUACAAUUUGUUGAUAUUUUGUUGGGUUAAAGGCUUCUAGCAUAAUUGGGGGUAUUUCUUGUCUACUUGUACUUUCAUAUUCUCACCAUAAAUCAUUCGAACGAAACGCAUUAAGAAAGUGGAUGGUGGUUUAAUUUCUUUACGUCGGUUAUUUAAUUAGCUGAAUGUUGCAAUCUAUAUUUUGCAUUGAAUUUAUAGAAAGUAUAAAAUAAAACAGUUCUUCCAACAAGCAGUUCCCUCUCCCCUCACUGCCUUCGGCAUCCAAGACCGCCAUUUACAAUUUCAGGCUUUACGUAUCCCGAUUUAGAGAAAAAUCUCAAAAUACACAUUUUUUUAAAAAAACAAUCCCAAAAUACACACAUUUUAUGAAAAUUUUCCAAAAUACACAUGUUUGGGCAUCAUGUGGUAGUCAACCACAGUAAAUGCAUUUAUCGCGGCAGACGAAAACGACGAAUGCAUCACCGCGGUUGACAGCCGCCAAAUAGCUUGUCCAGCUAAAUUACACCAAAGGUCACUCGGUUUAUAACAAAAUUUUACGUUUGUCACAACAACAACAACAAAAUCAUAUGUUAGUUUUGAUAGUUGAAUUGAUGACAUUGCGAAUAUACAUAUUCGCCGGAGACAUAGUGUAGCUAUGCCCCUGAUUCAGGCAAAUAUCAUUCUUGUUUGGGAUGGAAUUUUCACUCGUACGAAGAAAAAAAAUUAUGUCGCCACGAAAUUACAGGGCUAAUUAAUAAUAAUUAUAUCUCUGUAAUCAAACCUUGGAAGAAGAAGAAGCUUCGGUUAGCGCCAACUUCUCGAAACAAACAUAUAUAUAUAUAUAUAUGAUGAUGGCUGGUGUACGUCAGGCGUAUAGUAUACGUCAGGUGAUUAUAUAUAUAUAUAUAUAUAGGUGACUACUUCGGUGCACCCACAAAAAUGAGUGCGUUCAAUGCACCCAACUCAAAAACUAGUCUUAAGGUGUCGGAUUUUGAAUUUUAAUUUGUAGAAUUAGUGUAAUAUGAUGAUAUAACAUAUGAUAACAACUAAUUAGCGGAUUACCCUAAGCUAUAGACCUCCAAUUUUGAGUUAUAUCCCUAAAUCCCAAAUUAUAAACCCUAACCCUAACCCCAAAUCUCUAAACUAUAAAUCCUUCAAAUUAAAGUAAAUCUUUAGUGGUUUUUGUGCAAAUUCAUGUGCGUUAUUGUUCAUCACAUCAUAAGUGAUGAUUGACAUCAUUUUGACAUAAAUCGCAUGUUUAAAAUAACGAUUAUGAAGCGAGUGCACUGAAUGCACCCAAAAAAGUGAGUGCACUGAAGACGCCACCAUAUAUAUAUAUAUAUAUAUAUAUAUAUAUAUAUAUAUGAUAUUAAUGUAUAUGUAUAUCCAUACUCAAGAAGCUUUCUUCACCGCUGCGAUGAUUACUAGUAAACUUGAUGAGUUAGGCUUAGGCACGCGGCAAAACCUAAGCGCGCAUUGCAGAAUUUUCUUGGUCAGCUCCGACUUUUCCUGCAAGAAGCUAAUAAGUGAUCCCUCAUUUAGUCAGUCGGGUCGGUCUUCGUCCUUCCUAUUUGUUUGGGCCUGGAAGCGGGAAAAUUCGUUGGCAGGGUAGAGUAGAUACGUAUUUAUAUAUGGACAGGUGGCAGCUCAGUACUGGCAGGAAGAGUACGUACGUAUGAUCAUUGAUCAGGCAGGUAGGUAGGGAUGACAACAAAACCCGAACUCACAGGUAUCCUAAUCCGACCCAACUCGAUCAACGCGGGUAAAACCGUAUUGACGGGUUUCGGGCCGGGUUUGGGUUUAGCGAUACCCCCGAUUUAUGGAUGUCCGCCAACACUUAUUCCGUCGCCUACUCUCUCCAAACUCUACCUUAAUUCUAAAUUUUCCUCAAUCUCAUUUACAGUUUGUAGGGAUA